UAUCAGGGAGGCCAUGUUGGAUUUAGAGGGUCUGCUUAUUGUUUGACCCAAUCCCCAGUGAUGGACCCCCGUUACAGUGCCCAAGACAUACUCCUUUGUGACCUGUGUCAAAAAGCUGCAUUACAGAGUCACUGUGAACUUUGUCAUGUAAACCUCUGUAUAGUAUGUGUUGGAAAACAUCUCUCUGACUCGUCAAAAAGACACAAAGUUGUACCAUACAAACAAAGAAAAUCUACCCCUAAUGUUAACUACCCAAAAUGUCCAAAACAUACCAAGAAACAUUGUGAACUUUACUGUGAGAAAUGUGACAUUCCUGUCUGUUCUACCUGCAUCUCCUCUGGGAAACAUAAAGGACACGAUUUAUCUGAUGCUCUGCAGAAACUCAGUUCAAAAACAAAAGAUUUAGAAUAUGACUUGAAAGAUCUAGAGAAAAGAAUCCUUCCAACAUUUGAGGAAAUUACCUCAGAUUUAAGCUCUGAAAAAGUCCACUUGGAGAAACAUUAUGAGAAACUGACAACAGCUGUCACCAAACAAGGAGAAGACUGGCACAGAGAUAUUAAUAUCAUUGUUAACAAUCGAAAAUCUGAAAUUGAUGAGAUGAAAUCUAAACACCUGGCUGCUCUAAAUAAACAGGAAAAUGUAAUCGAGCAGAUUAUUUCUGAAGUAAAACAAAGCAUAUUUGAUCUAAAGAAAAUACUGGACUCCAAUGAAGUCUCCCUAACGUCUGCAUACAAAUCUAGGAAUGCUAAAUUCAUGAGUUUACCUCCUAAGAUCACUGUAUCAUUUCCAAGUUUCUCUCCUCAUCAGAUCAACACAGAACAGCUCUAUCAAAUGUUUGGUUCUCUGUCAGCAUUAUCCAUUACAACAGAAGAACAUGGCUACACAAUGAAGGCACCAGAAGAUGAUUCCUGUCCUCCAGUCAAACCACUGCUUGAUGAACCAGAGCUCAUCGCCACCAUAGACACUGGGUAUAAACAACUAUACAGUGUUACCUGUCUCAGCGAUGAAGAAAUCUGGACACAUGGAGAUGACAAAAUCAUGAAACUCUACAACAUCCAGGGCAAACUACUGAAGUCAAUCCCAACCAAGUCUGGGUACAGACCACGUGACAUAGCAGUGACAAGGAGUGGCGAUCUAGUUUAUACUGACCGUGAUACAAGAACUGUAAACAAAGUGAAGAAUAAACAGAUAGAGGAAGUGAUCAGACUACGGGGGUGGAUACCUUUCAAUGUCUGUAGUACCUCCUCUGGUGACUUCCUGGUUACCAUGGAUAGUGAUGAUUAUAAACAAUCAAAAGUUGUCCGUUACUCUGGCUCCACAGAGAAACAAACCAUUCAGUUUGAUAGUGUAGGUAAACCUUUGUAUUCAUCUGGUGACAUUAAAUACAUCAGUGAGAACAGAAACCUGGAUAUCUGUGUUGCUGACUGGAGAGCCAAAGCAGUAGUGGUGGUUAAUCAGGCAGGAAAACUCCGAUUUAGAUACACUGGUCAUCCCUCUACUACCACGGUAUCAUUUGAUCCACGUGGCAUUACAAAAGACAGCCAGAGUCAGAUCCUGACAGCAGACUUUAGUAACAAAUGUAUACACGUCCUAGAUCAGGAUGGACAGUUCCUCCGUUACAUUGAUAACUGUGAUCUACAUUAUCCAUGGGGUUUAUUUGUAGACACCAGAGACAACGUCUUUGUAGCUGAGUGGGACAGUGGUAAAGUGAAGGAAAUCAAAUACAUGUAAACAAUGUGUGAACAAAAACUGUUUGUAUCUGAGAUAAUCUCUUUGACUGAAUGAAAUAAAGUUGUGA